CGUUGUGCGUAUGCGUCAGCACGUACAAUAUCUGCGUGCACACGUAGCUCGUGUCCCGCGUUGCGUCCGUGUGCGCGUGAUAUGUACAAUGCGCACAACCACGAACGCGAGGAUGUGUUGCGACGGAGCAAGCGCGAGAAAGAGACAACGGAGAAAUCGCGCGAAUGCCAAAAGCCGAAUCAACUUAAAAGGAGGUCAUCAAAAUUAUCUAAGGUAGCAAACGCUUGGUCCUUAUGUUGCGCCUUGGAAUUGGGUUUGCUUCGCGAAUCAUCUCUCAAGGAAGUUGCCAUCGCGAGUUACUCGGAUCUGGAUUCUCUGUCUACCGUGGAAGAUGCGACAUAUCGCGACAAUCUCGAAACAAAUGAUAUCGAAGAUGAUACAUCCAAGUCUGCGAGUAUCUUCGGUAACUCGUGGCCGUUCAUCGAUCCGGCGCAAAUUACGCGAGUCUCCCGCACGAAAAUCACCCGAAGGCGGAGGAGAAGACCGAGAUGGUCGAUGAGACGGCAAAGAAAACCGAGAAUCGACAACACGACCGAGAGAACCGUUUCGCUACAAGGAACUGAGCAAGAAAAUCUUGGCGUAUCUAACGAUCGGUCAGUAAGAUUAUCAUUAAGGAAGAAGUCUUUGCGAUCUCCUCCCCGAUCGCUCGCUCGCGACAAGCGUUUAUCCGAAAGCUACAGAUCAACUGACGAUGACGACGAAGAAGAGGAAGAAGUAAUUAGUCAAACGGCAUCGGAAAUAAGCUCAGAAGAGAUCGCUCCAACUGAUUAUUCCGGUUCUGGGUACUCCAGAUUCUACUCACCGAGUCAAGCAAAGGAAGACCUUCAAAAUCGGACGGAAUUGUCGGAAUAUCCCGAUUACUUUAUGAACGUCUUACGCAUUGGUAAUAGUAACAAUGAUCUCGAUACCUCGGAGGAUGUAACGUCGGUUUCUGAUACUUGGAGGGAUCGUUAUUCCUCGCAAACCGACAAGUCGAUGAAACCUGUGAGACGCCAUAUUUCAAACAAGAUCCUCGAGAAUGGAAACUCUCCGCGUAGAAUGAAAAAAUCGUCAUCGAGAAAGAGAAUUAUGCAGGAUAUCCAAAAGUGCAUAAAUACGGAAGUCACGAAGAUCGGGGAAGCCGAUGAAGUCUGUGAGGUCAGUGAGAAUACCAUUUUCGAUGUCGAGAAGAAUAUGCUCGAAAUUCUCGGUUAUAAAGAUCUCAGUCAGGAUAUCUCUAUGGAAUACGAUUGGGACAAUGACGAGCUUAACGAACGGGAUUUAUCAUCCCAGGACGUGAAAUGCUCACUCGUCAAACCGACAAAUGUCGAGGAAUCUUCGAUAAAAGUUAGUACAAUUGGCAGACGUCGUAAGAGGAGGAACAGAUGGCAUACGAUCGAUUGCAAAUUCGACGAGAAAACGGAGACGGCUUACCGAAGCGUUUUCCACGAUUGCGUCGAUUUCGAUACUCCGAGAUCGACGCCGUCCCUGAAGAUAAACAUGGAGGAGAACUGGAAAUCAGAGGACAGCAGUGACAACGACGAUGGGAUCCACUCAUCCUGGCGCCGAUCGACCUUAGGAUCCUUAACUGAAGAAUGCGGUAACGAAGUUGAUGGCGCGCUGCUAUUGGCUCGGAAGAUUGUUAGCGACGAUUCGACGAAGGACGAAAAAUGUGAUGACGAGCACGAGACGUUGAGUAACAUGUGUUACAAGUAUCAGGAAACGUCAGAUACUUUCCCAGGAAUGACGACAAAAGAUUCUUUUUACGAUUCGGAUGAGGACAUGAAAGACAUGUUAAUAAGUCAACGUGACGAAACGAAGGAUAUAAUUACGUAUAAAAAUAAAAAUAGAUCAGUUAGGAGAUCAGCAUCAAUCAACUGCAGCGUAAUCAAGGAUGAAGAUGACGACACUAAGGUUCAAGAUAAAAUUACGAAGACCACAAAAGCUAGUAGUACUAUAAACGUAAUGCGACAAUAUCCGCGUGACAAGAGUAAUAAUUUGGAGGAUGAAAGUGAUAAAAUAGAAAAUGGUCCACGAAGAGUGACCAGAGCCUUAAUAAAAACUAAAAAUCAUAAAGAGUAUCAUGCCGGCAAACUCGUAUGGGGAUUCUUCGCAGGAUGGUGGCCAGCAUUGAUCGUCAAAGCUGAACAUGUGGGAAUGGCUUCUGAACCCGGGAAAUUGUGGGUCUACUGGCUCGGAGAAUCGCAAAUAUCGUUGCUCAAAGAAGAAACACAGAUACAACCAUUCUCGAGGAACUUGGAGGAUCGAUUGUCGCAACAGUCUCAUAAAAGUAUUCGUUCGCGCGCCAUUAACGCGACUAUACAGAUGCUUCGCCAACGUUUCAACUGUACUCUGACAAAGCCUUAUUAUUAUUGGAUACGACGGAACAUAGCUGAUGUGGAAAAAUUGGAUGAUUUAACAUUUUAUCCGUACCCGGAAAAUAUACAAGAAAGAUUGGAUGCUUUGAAGGAAAAGAAUGCCAAAGCUACAAAGAAAUAUAUAUUAAGUCAAAGAAGUUCACCAGAGUCACCACCGAAAAAACAGAAUACGGAAAAAAACAAAGAUGUAAAUACAAGUUGGGAACAGAUUGACAAUGAGCGUUUACCUUUACAAAAUCAACAGCCUGGUGUAAUAGCCUGGGCAAAAAUCCCAGGACACUGUUGGUGGCCCGCGAUGAUUAUUGAUUAUCGCGAUUGCUGUUUGAAAGAACCGAGUUUUGGCUGUCAAUGGAUCAUGUGGUAUGGCGAUUAUCAAGUUUCGGAGGUGCGUCAUCUCGAAUUUCUGAAAUUUCACAAGGGAAUAGAAAAAAUGCGCGAAUAUAUUCAAAAUUCGAGUAGGCAGACAUAUCUUGAAGGCGUACUUCAAGCUUCUAAGGAUUAUUGUUCGCGUUUAGGAUGCAACGUGGAUAGCUGGACUUUAGAUAAUGUCUUUGAAUAUUUUUCGAAUGAUAUUCACAUACCAUGUAACCAAUUGCAAGUUUCAGACUCUAACAAGGUAUAUGAUAAGUAUUCCGACGAGAUAGUAAAAAAAAUCAACGAAUUUAAAUUCAAAUCAGAUGUAGAUGAUGAACGAAAACGUGACAUAAAAGCGAGCGAUGAUUUACGUCGCGUAAUGUCAGGAGAAUGCGAAGUGGAAAAAUUGUGUUUGAAAUGUUUGAAGGUUCCUAAAGGUAGAAAAGAUGAACAUCCAUUCUUUAUAGGAUCUUUAUGUAAAGAAUGCUCGAACGAGUUUAAACCGUGUAUGUUCGUGCAUGGAAACGAUGGCAAGUGCUUUUAUUGCACAAUUUGCGCUGCUACUGGAACUGUUCUUAUUUGUGAUUCAGAAGAUUGUCCACGUGUCUACUGUACAGCUUGUUUGAAAUUUUUGAUUUGUCCAAAAUCAUACGACGAUAUGCUGUUGGAAGAUCCAUGGGAAUGUUUCCUCUGUAGAGAUGAAGCCAAACAGCCUAUGAAUAUGAUUUUGCGACCGCGGUUAAAUUGGAAAGAGAAAUUUACAAGAAUGUUCCACACAGCCUCUAAUAUUACAUCUAAUGUAGACAUUGUAAAUUAUAAGAAAGAUAAUAGAGCUGUGCGUGUAUUGUCGCUUUUCGACGGCUUGAGCACCGGUUUUUUGGUUCUUCAAAAAUUGGGACUUGUUGUGGAAGUUUAUUAUGCUAGUGAAAUCGAUGUAAAUGCUUUAACAAUUAGCUCCGCCCAUUUCGGUGAUCGUAUUACUUACUUAGGAGAUGUAAGAGGCAUAACAAAGGAGAAAAUCCAAGAAAUUGCACCCAUUGAUUUGUUAAUCGGUGGAUCACCAUGCAAUGAUUUAAGUUUGGUCAAUCCGGCGCGAUUAGGUCUCCACGAUCCAAAGGGGACAGGUGUUCUCUUUUUCGAAUAUUGCCGAAUUAAAAAACUAGUAGAAAAAGCUAACAAAAGUCGGCAUAUGUUUUGGUUAUUCGAGAACGUAGCUUCUAUGCCAAGCGAAUAUAGAUUAGAAAUUAACAAACAUUUGGGACGAGAACCUGAUGUUAUAGAUUCAGCAGACUUUUCACCGCAACACAGACUGAGACUUUAUUGGCAUAAUCUUCCCUUUAAUCCAUAUAUGCCGUUGUUUCAAAGUCGACAGGACGUUCAAGAUAAGCUUACACCAAACUUAAACCGUAAGGCUCUCUGUAAGAAGCUUCACACAGUUACCGGCAGAACAGGUUCUUUAUUGCAAGGAAAAGCGGAAUUGAAACCAAUCAUAAUGAAAGGCAAAACUGAUACGAUAUGGAUCACUGAGCUCGAGGAAAUCUUCGGUUUUCCGCGACAUUAUACGGAUGUAAAAAAUUUAUCAGCUACAAAUCGGCAAAAAUUACUUGGCAAGUCAUGGAGCGUACAAACGCUUACUGCCAUAUUACGACCUUUAUGCUUAUAUUUUAAGUGCAAUGAAGAUGAAACGAGAAAGUCAACUUCUUGAUUUCUCUAUUUUUUUUACUUCUAUAUUAUAUUUUUAACGAAAUUUUGAUUUAGUAAAAUUUUUCUCGCAGUGAAAUAGUUCAUAGUAACACACAAUGUGGUAAUAUUUACCCAGUUGUUUCUAUAUGACUGCAAUUUUAUAUGUAUCUAAAAUUUUUAUUCCUUACACAUAGACUUAAUCUUAAUGUUCCUUUGUCAAUAAUUAUAUUAUAAUCAUAUACGUGAUCAUAUGUGUAAUAUGUUCAUAUAUGAUAAAUGUAUGCUGUAUAUUUAUACAUAUUAAAUUGUAUAUCAUUUAGUAUUGGUCUGAUAUUGUGAAUUAUUCAACAU